AUGAAGUACUCUGCCGCACUCAUCCUAGCCACCGGCCUCCUGGCCAAUAGCUUACCUACAGCCGAUAUCGACGGCAUCGAAAAGCGCACCUUCUUCCCAAUCAUGGAUAGCGCUUUGAAGGCCAAGUGUGCACUCAACGCAAAGCUCGGCUUACCAGCCCUUCCUUACUGCAAGGGGAACCAGCCACCCAACAACUCUCCACCUGGCUACUCGCCUCCAAGCCACACUUCCCAGGGUCUCUACGAAAGCUCCAACAGAGACUUCACCAACAAAGCCAUCUUCUAG